AUGCAAACUAGAAUAACUCCAUUAACAUCCAAUUUAGCUAAUGGACAAGCAAGAAAGCGCCGCCACAGCGAUGAAAAUGAGUUUCCGUGCGGAUCUAUGGUUAAUUAUCGUCCGAAUCUAGGGAUGCCAUAUCAUCCACUUGAUGUAACCGAGACGUCGAUGAUGCCAUCAGCUGGUAACCAGCUUAGACGUGACUAUAGCGCUUUCAAUGACUGCGUUGAUCAGUAUCCUCUCUAUUCAAAUGAUCGAGGCAUGAAUCUACCGCGUGAUAUGAUACUUAAUCCGCUUGGAACAUCAACUAGAAUGUAUCCCAAUAUUUCAUUUGGUCCUACAUCUGGGAAUACUGGAGGUGGAAUUAAUCCUUCAACGUCAAAUUCAUUAUUCUUUUUGAAUAAUAGUACCAGUAAAGUUGCUAAUGAAAUCAACGCUGAUCAAACAAAUAACCAUAACGGGAACAAUCAUGUCAAUUUAACCAAUAGUAUACAUCGAUUACCACCGCCACCUUAUCCACUUGGCAAUACUAAUUUGACAACAACUCAUGGCAUUCACAAUAUCAGCACUAAAACAGCAGGACAUGACCAUGUUAAAUCAGCUUCAGAAUAUAAUGGUAUUAAUGAUAUUGGGCGAAAUAUGGAUCAUCGAGGUUCAGAAAUGAAUAAUACACGCUGA